AUGACCAGCCUAAACCCCUCCCUGACCUCCUGGAAGCCCGCCGCGCUCCCCCUCUUCACGGGCCUCCUCGCCCUCCUCGGCGCCGCCGACGGGUGCCUCAACCUCGCCAAGCCCGAAGGCGGGGCCGCCACCUUCGGUCUCGUCCCCCCGCCGCGGGACACCGUCACCCCCGCCCAGUUCGACGCGUUCCACCACGCCCUCGUCAAGGUCAAGGGCGCUCGCAACCUGCACAUGUCCUUGUGCAUCCUGGGGCUGGUACUCUACGGCCACUUUUCGGGCGUGUGCCGCGCGUCGCCGUUGGCGGCCGUGGCGGUGCGGCGGUGUUUGGGGAUCGUGCUGACGCUGGGCUCCGGCGUGGGCUUCAGCGGCGCCGCUGUCGUGUCGGAGUACCUGAGGAGCCCGGGUGCCUCGGAGGAGGCCAUUGCGGUCGGCAAGGCCAAGGCGAAGGCGCAUUUGAUCACCAAUGUGCCCAUCGUGGCUCUGGGGUUGAUAUACUUGGUGUACUGA